AUGACGAUGGAAAGGGCAAGGACUGCGGUUACAAACUUUUUUGGCAGGGUGCCUCUCACCUAUACUCGCUUCAGUCUGAUGCCGCAGACAGAUGGAGAUGCUAGUCAAGUGGAAAUGAAACUGGCAGAUGAUGAGGAGUGUGGUGACACAACAUUGGGAGAACCUGUUAUAAAACACAGAGAAGACAAAAAUGGAAGCCGAAGCUUGUGUCUCAAAGUCCUGGCAGUGAUUCUGUUGUUCUUUAUUGGUUUUCUGAUUGGAUACUUAAGCCAUAGAGGACGUGUUUCAGCUACACAGCAAACUGAAGUAGAUGGUUCCAAUAAGGAAGAGGAUGCAGCGGAUCUUUAUUCACAUGAUGUCCCUAGUGUCUUGUACUGGUCUGAUUUGAGGCCGAUGUUGGAUAAAAGAAUUGAACUCCUUAACUUUAAAACAAGCAUUAGCAAUCUGUAUGGUUCAACUCGUGAUGCUGGCUCUGACAAUGAAGAAUCUUUGGCUGCAGUGAUGGAUCGUGAAUUUACAAAUAUGGGUUUGGACAAAGUAUGGAGUGAGGAGCAUUUCGUCACCUUACAGGACAAAGGCAGAUCCAACAAAGUACAGCUUUUUACAUCUGACGGUUUAAAGGCCGACUUUGAGUUAACUUCAUAUGUGGCGUACAGCCCUGCAGGUUCUGUUACUGGUACUCUUGUAUACGGUCAUUAUGGUUGUCCACAAGACUUUGACACUCUGCGUGCUAACAACAUUAAUGUGACUGGAGUAUUGGUUCUAUUACGCUCUGGAAAAAUUGGCUUCGCUGAAAAGGUUAGAAAUGCUGAACUUGCUCAAGCUGCUGGUGUUUUGAUAUAUCCUGACCCUUCUGACUUCAUCUUUCCUUCUAAUGCUGACCAAGAAAUUGAGUCGCCUUUUGGGCAUGCUCAUUUUGGCACUGGAGACCCUUACACACUGGUUUCCCGUCAUUUAACCAUACACAGUUCCCACCAUCAAGAUCCUCUGGACUGCCAGGAAUUCCGGUUCAGUCACUUUCUAGCCAGGAUGGCAAGAAUCUACUUGGAAAACUGGAAAAUAAGGAUUGCCCAAGAGAUUGGAAUGUUGGCUGCAAGCUUAAAGGCCAGUAUACUGUUAAACUUGAAGUGGACAAUGUUUUGGCUGAAAAGAAAAUUCUUAAUGUGUUUGGUGUCAUCAAAGGAUUUGAAGAUCCAGAUCGUUAUGUUGUAGUUGGGGCUCAGAGAGAUUCCUGGAGGACUGGAGCUGCUAAAGCGGUCGUUGGGUCAUCUGUUCUAUUAGAAGUGGCCCGUGUCAUAACACAGAUGGUUAAAGAGGAUAAGUAUAAACCUAGGCGGAGCAUUGUGUUUGCAAGCUGGAGUGCUGGUGAUUUUGGAGCAGUUGGUGCCACCGAGUGGCUAGAGGGGUACCUUUCAACGCUGCAUCUAAAAACUAUAUCCUAUAUCAGCCUGGAUGGUGCUAUUCAAGGUGCUGGAUCACUUCAAGUGUCUGGUAGCCCUCUUAUGUAUACUAUGAUCCAGAAAACAUUAAGGGAGGUGUCUGACCCGGUUUCUAACAAUGAUGCAAAACUUUCUGACAAAGUAAAAUCCAAGAUCUUUAU